GACCGCCUGGCUUUCUUCAAAAGCAGACCGAAACUUACAAAGUCAUGACUUGUGACACCCGCGACCCUCCGCAACUGGCUAUUGUUAUCAAUUGACUUCAGCUGACUCACAAUGCCCCCAAUGAAGGCUCCUGGCCGGACGGAAGCCGUGCUCUCUCGGCGACAGAUCGAGGGUCUGAUUGCCGAUGGAAGAUCCAUUAUAAUUGUCGAGCAGAGGGUGCUGAAGGUCGACCCUUGGUUGAAAUACCAUCCUGGAGGCGCCAAAGCCAUAAUGCAUAUGGUUGGGAGAGAUGCUACUGAUGAAGUGAACGGAUUCCACUCCCCCGAAGCAAAGAAACGUAUGGAGAGAUACCGAAUUGGUCGAAUAGAAGGGCGAUGGGUGAACUUUGUGCCCCCCAUACAAGGCGGCAAAUUUAGGCCAUACGUCAAGGGUCUUGUGGCUGUGGAAGAGGAUGAAGAUGCUGAUCAGACACCCACGACUUCGGACAUUUCGAGAACACCGUCCCCAAUAUUCGAUGCCGAGGAACCAAAUACUCGUCGACGCAUUACUUCGAACAACGAUCCUCUUGUUUCUUCCGCAUCGUCAGUAUCAUCUGCGGCAGAGCAGGAAGAUGGGGUGUCUUACUUAGAUGCUCGGACCAAGGAGCAGAUUUAUCUGGACCUCGCCAAGUAUCCCUCAUUGGACUUGGAUACACAAGACGAAGUUGUUCGAAAAUACCGCCUUUUGGAUCAGCGAAUCCGAGCAGAAAGGCUUUACGAUUGUAACUACUAUGCGUACGCCAUCGAGGCCUGCCGAUACACAUUUCUUGCUUGCAUGAUGCUUUUGUUUCUCCAUUGGGGAUGGUAUGGUACGAGCGGCUUGUUUCUAGGUUGCCUUUGGCAUCAGCUUGUCUUCACUGUGCAUGAUGCAGGUCACAUGGGAAUCACCCACAAUUUCACGGUUGACACGGUGGUUGGAAUCAUCAUCGCAGACUUCAUAGGUGGAUUAUCAGUGGGGUGGUGGAAGCACAACCACAACGUUCAUCACAUUGUUACGAACUCUCCAGAACAUGACCCGGACAUUGAGCAUUUACCAUUUUUCGCCAUCUCCCAUAGGUUCCUCGAAUCACUCACAUCCUCCUUUUACGAACGAGUUAUGGCCUUUGACAAAUUUGCCAAGGCCAUCAUCCCUUACCAGGCAUAUCUGUAUUACCCAAUACUUACAUUUGGACGAUUUAAUUUGUACUUCCUGUCAUGGGAGUUCCUCAUCAAGGGCACCGGUCCAAGGAAAGGACCUGCUGCGUGGCAUCGAUGGCUGGAGAUUGCCGGCCAAGUUUUCUUCUGGUAUUGGUUUGGAUAUGUCAUCAUGUACAAGGCGAUCCCAAAUGCCUCGGGCCGUUUGGCGUUUCUCAUGGUCAGCCAUAUGGUCACGAUGCCUCUUCACGCUCAAAUAACCUUGUCUCAUUUCUCCAUGAGCACUGCAGAGCUCGGCCCACACGAAUCGUUCCCUCAGAAGAUGCUGCGAACAACGAUGGAUGUCGACUGUCCUCAGUGGCUCGACUUCUUCCAUGGUGGCUUGCAGUUCCAAGCUAUUCACCACCUAUUCCCCAGAAUGCCAAGACACAACCUUCGCCGGACUCAGAAGCUCGUGCAGGAGUUUUGCUCUGAAGUCGGGAUACCGUAUGCACUCUACGGUUUUGUGGACGGGAGUAAACAAGUCAUCGGGAGGCUUGAAGAGGUCGGAAGGCAGGCGACAAUCCUUGCCAAAUGUCAGAGGACCAUUGCUGAGAGAGGUGACCUACUCAAUGGACACUGAGCCCGUACGGGUUGAUAUAUGGUUCUACGUUGCUCGGAGUUUAAGAGGAUAUGUUUCAAUUAGAGGUUUAAGAUACUUCCCACUAUAGAAGUGAUACUUUCAGCUACGAUAACUCAGCUUAUUUCCAUAGCCCACCUAGCUAUCAUAUUCCCGAGGAAAUCUUCACACAACAACAUCAGUG